AUGGAUUCACCUCCCAACAAGCGAAAAUUAAACAAGGGCACCUUUUCACCUUUGGCUGGCCGUGUCUCUUGGAACCCUAACUUGGCAGAAUUGCGCCAGUCGGAAAGAGAAGCCUAUGAGUGUAUUCUGGAAUUUCUGGGACAAGAACAGGUGUUCGACGUCGACAAGCUGAAGUUCCUGAGGGCGGUGGACACCAUGAGUGGCGUCGUCCGCGCCCAGGCAAAUGGCAACAUGGACGAUUACUUUCCCCAGACCGUCCUGGCCAAGAAAAUCGAGACAUUAAUCCUUGAAGAAUCCUCGGAGGCCUUGGUCAGCACCGUGCGUCUGCAAGCCAUGCUCUGCAUCGCGGCCCUGAGCCAGGUGAACCCGCCGCUCCACCUGUCCCAGAAGCUGGACCUGGCCAAGGCCGGCCUCUCCAGCAUCAUCUCCCUGCCACCCAUCGCGCCCAGUCUGGACCGCAAGGACAGUGCUAGUCUCUACAUCCAGACCAUGCAGGCCUUAGAUGACAUGUUACAGGCUCUGGUGCUGGAGCGUCUGGAGCCCAGCAUGGCCACUCUGCAGAGCUUCCUGGAGAUCAUCCUGCCUUGCUUGAUACAGUCGGAGAAAGUGCACGAACAGUCCCGGGCCUUGGGGGCCAUUUCCCGGCUGCUGAGGUUUAUCUGCAAUUUCCCUGAGCUGUCGCACAUGGCAGAGUUCUCGAUAAGCGGGCAGCUCAUGGGCACCCUAGGCCUCUUCUGCGUGAACCCCAACCAGGAGAUCAGCAUGGGGGCCUCAGAGGCCCUGCACUACCUGUUCAAAGUCCUCGUGCUCCAUAGAAGUAAGAAACACAAGACAGAGAACAUCCUGAAGGAUCUGCAGAGGCAUUUCCGAGCGGAAUGGUUUGCCAACCUACAGGAUCUCGCAAUGCCGUGGCCCCUGUCGCACCAUUUUCUGCAUAGCAGUCAGAGGAUUAUUGUGAAGCUACAGAUAGCAUCACCUUACCGCCCUUCAGUCUCUGCACCGACUCCGCACUGUUCUCACACCGAAGUCCAGCUUCACGCGGCCAGCGAGGCCCGUCUGAUCGGCUCCGGCUUCGACUCGUCUCGAGCCCCUUUUCCACCAGCUCAGGUCUCCCUUGCAGGACAGACCCGGCAGCCACUCCAGGCCUUUGCCGACUCUUCCCUCGGCCUGGAACACUUCCGCGCCGCCCCCGUGACCCUGUCUCCCUGCCCCGCCCUGACAUUCUUCAGGAAGUACCUGACCCCCCAGGAGAGAGCGGAUCUGAUGAUGGUGUCGAUGGAGGCCAUGACCCACGGGAGCAGGCACGACGUCCGGGAGGCUUCCGGGAUGUUGAGGGUGAUCCUCACGUUCUCUGUGCCCGACGUUGGGAAGGUGCCCGAGAUCACUGAGUACAUUUACCACAAUAUGGACAGCAUCGCGGACGCCGGGGCCCAGGAGACCAUAAAGGAGGUCCUUCACCUGCUGGCCCAGACCUACACUGACGAGGUUAUCCUGACGCUGUUCAAGAUAGACGACCAGUCCCAGAGGGUGUGGGGUUCCCGGCCGGCCCGACCCAGCGGCUGCGUGUGGUCAGAGGCUGCCUGGCGUCAGGGCCCGAGGGUUGGAGAUGCAGGUGGCGACGGCCCCGCCCUCCUCCCACUGCAGGCCGCCAGGGCCCUCCGCGAGCUGCUGCUGGAGUCCGGCCGGAGGAUGGAGGUGCAGGCCUUCUUCCCCGCCCUGUUCACGGCCCUGCUGUUCCGGAUCCCCCUCCUCAUGGUGGAAGGGGCCACGGAGGCCGCCCAGGAGCAGCACCACGUGACCCAGCGGACGGACCCCGUCAGCUCCAGCGUGGAGGCCCUGAAGACCUUGAUGAGGAGCACGGGCUACAGCGACCACGUAUCUUAUGUUCAGAGACUGGGCGGCUGGGAGCUGCUCACCAGGCCUGAAAGAUACCACGAGGGUGUGGCCCUGCUGGCCAGGGCCAUGGUCGUCAAGGACUGCUGGCACAUCUGCCCCGUCUUCAGCCUCACCGUCAGGAGCCUCCAGGAACGGGACCAAGAGAAUCACUUGACAGCCCUCGUGUUCAUCACCGAGCUGCUGCAGUCCCCGGUCGUGGCAGCCAUCGUGGACGAGGUCACGGUCAGGACUCUGGCCAGCUGGUUCCAGUGCGAGGAGCUGGCCUCUGUGAAGCUGCUCCUGCGGGCGGUGGAGAUCCUCGCGAGGCACGAGCACAUGGGGAAGCAGCUCCGGGCCCUGCAGCCCUACGUGCUCAACUGCUGCUACUCCGCCGAUGGCGGCAUCGUGGCCGAGACCCUCCAGGUGCUGCGGGGCCUGGUGAAGCAGCUGAGCUGGCGGCACGCUGCCGCCUUCCUCAUCCAGCUUGCCUUCACGCUCGGGCCCUUCCUGGAGGAGGAAGCGGAGAGUCUGCGCCUGACGGCGUUUGAGAUCUACGGGGCCCUCCUGGCCAAGCUGAGCAGGCGGUUCCUUGUCUUCCCCUUGAGGCACCAGGUCCUCAACCUGCUCGUCCUCCUGGCGCUACACCUGGAGGAUGUGAACGUCAGCGUGGCUCAGAUUGCCCGGUCCGCCCUCUGCCGUACGGCCACCUUGAUUGGCUGGUCAAAGCUGAAAGCGAUAUUUGCCGAGAAAGACGUCUGGACCAUCCUCAGAGCCCUGGCCCCCCUGCCCAGCACCGCUGUGUCCGCGUCACAGCCCUGAAGCACAUGCAGGAAGACCCCGACCCUGCGGUCAGCUGCCUGGCCACACAGACCUGCUACGUCCUGGAAGCCAAGGAGAAGGUGACGGUCGCCACCCGCAGCUCCUGCUCCUGCUGCAGGAAGCCGAGAAAGGCCCGUUUCUGAGCCUGCGUCGGAGCAGAGAAGACGGUGGCAGCAGU